AUGGCUGCAAUGACAGGAUCUAUGUCCCAGGGUCGGAAACCUAUGAAGUCAGGCUCGAUCGCCCUCAUGAGCAUUGCCGGUGUCAUCGGAGGAACUUGGAUGAUGUUCCGCCUUAUGGCACCCCAGCGAGGCACUGUUCUCACUACCAACGAAGAAAUGGAGGCCUUCCGAGGAGGCGACUUCAAUCAGACAGAUGUGCAUGGUAAAACGGCACGAGCUCCACGUUCUAUAGCCCAUAGAGGGCCACAUGCUUAA